GUGUGAGCGGUGUAUCUGUGUGUAAUUAGUGUUUUGUAUGUGCUAUUAGUCAUCACGUGUUCUUAGGAUUAAAGUCCUGACAUAUCGCUACUUUCUGUUGCAGUCCUUUACUGCUUGUGUUUUGGUACCGAUUCAUAGUUCACAUAAUUACAUAACAAGACAUUUCAAGUGAGUUUUUUAUGACCAGAAACUUAUGGAAAUCGGAAUAUAGGUUGUUUGUUAUCUGAAGAUUGUCCCUGAUAUAUCAGGUCAGCAAUAUAUCAAGAGCAACAUCCGUUGUAUUAUCAGUAGAACGCAUUCGAGUGGAAUUCAAACAGGAACAAUUGCACUUGAACUUCAAACACUGACACUGAAUGAUCCUAUCUAAAAUUAUCAAAUUAUAUUUCCAAGUUGGUAUUUGGCUGACAACAUAUUUUCAGACAGGGUUAGCGGACACUUUUGUCAGGAAGCAGCGUCGAGUAUCAUAUAAUGGUUUGAACACAACAACUAUUCAUUUUUAUCCUAAGUUUUAUCGUUAUAAGGAAUGCCUUACUGAUGCCAUAAUCACUCUUGUGUUCCGUGUGAGUCUACAGAACAAUGGCGAGCGCUACAGGACGUAUUGACAAUUGGGAAGAUAUUCUGGUACUUGCCGUGUACUUUGUGGUCGUGUUAGUAAUUGGAUUAUGGUCUAUGAGGCGGUCCGAUCGCGGCAAUGUUAAGAGUUACUUCCUUGCCGGACGUUCGAUGCCAUGGGUAGCGGUUGGCGCUUCCUUAUUUUCUAGUAACAUCGGAAGUGAGCAUUUUGUCGGUCUCGCGGGAUCUGGUGCCUCAAGCGGGAUUGCGAAUAUUAUGUUUGAAUGGCUGCCGGCAAUACUCAUUUUGGCACUUGGUUGGUAUUUCAUCCCUGUCUACAUUUCUUCAGGGGUAUAUACUCUGCCAGAGUAUAUGGAGAGGCGCCUUGGGGGAAACAAAAUCCGGAUAUAUCUCUCUUGCCUUUCUCUUCUACUCUCCAUCGUCAUCAAACUGGCGGUAAGUAUGUUCGCUGGUUCUCUGUUCUUACAAAUGGCUACCGGAUGGAACAUGUAUGUGUCUGUCAUCAUCCUUCUGGCUGUCACAGGUUUCUACACCACAUUAGGGGGUCUAACCGCUGUAAUGUAUACAGAUACGUUCCAGACAGUUGUGAUGACCAUUGGAGCUUGUGUGUUGAUGGGUGUUGGGAUGAACGAAGUUGGUAAUAUUGAAAAUCUGAUGAAGAGAUACAUGAAUUCGUCAGCAACCAUUCAGAUUAUUAAUUCAACCUGCGGUCUCCCAAGGAAAGAUGCAUUUCACGUGUUUCUAGAUCCCACUGGAAACAACCAACCGUGGCCAGGGCUUGUCAUAGUUGCCUCUCUUGGAUGUGUUGCCUACUGGUGUUGUGACCAGAUCAUUGUGCAGCGAUCACUCGCGGCAAAAAAUAUUGAACACGCUAAAGGGGGAUCAGUAAUGGCGGCUUCUUUGAAAAUCCUUCCACUGUUCCUAAUGAUAUUUCCUGGGAUGAUCAGUAGAGUUUUAUUUCCAGACGAGGUAGCCUGCGCUGACCCUGACGAGUGUAUGAGGAUAUGCGAAAACCCCGUCGGUUGUUCUAACAUAGCCUACCCUAAGAUGGUCCUGGAACUUCUUCCGAAAGGACUUAGAGGUUUCCUGAUGGCUGUGAUUUUGUCCGCCAUCAUGAGUUCCCUGACAUCAAUCUUUAACAGCUCAAGUACUUUGUUUACCAUGGAUCUUUGGAGACGGUUCCGACCACGAUCUACCCAGAGGGAACUACUCAUUGUCGGCAGAAUCGUAAUUUUAUUCAUGUGCGCUAUAAGCAUCAUCUGGCUGCCGUUAAUCAAGGGAUCGCAAGGGGGACAACUUUUCAAUUAUAUAAAUAUGGUACAAGCUAACCUAAUGGCACCUGUUGGUCCUGCGUUUAUGAUGGCCAUUCUGUGGAAACGAACAACUGAGUUGGGUAUUGUCGGCGGAUUGGUAAUAUCCCAUGUUUGCGGCGUUAUACGGCUUGUACUUGAGUUUGUGUAUCCAGCGCCACCUUGUGGUGAACCUGAAACGAGGCCGGCUAUCCUCUAUAAAGUGCAUUUCCUGUAUUUCGGAACCUUUCUGGUAUUAUUGACUCCUUUGACAGUUGCCAUUAUCAGCAUGUUGACGCCAGGGAAGAGUGAAGAAGAGUUAGAUGGCCUGACAUGGUGGACGCGCAUUAAGGCGAAUGUUAAGCUGGCGGAAGAGGACAACGACGGCAAUGGGAACGAGUUAUGUUCUAAUGUUGAAGAUGACAUGCCACAAAAGAUUAAAAAUAGGACACCUGGUAUACCGGAAAACCAAUUCCUGAAUAGCAAUGCAGGCACUGACAGCUUGGGAGAAGAGGUUCCUUCCGAGAUCGAAAGCAAGGGAAUGACACCGACAGGGAACGUCAUGCUGUUUUUGUGCGGAAAGACCGAGACAGGAAGAGAGAUAAUCGUGAUGACAUUGAGCCAGAAACAAAAAUUCAUGAGAGAGCGUCCAAAAUGCCGAUGGAUGUUAAACACUAGUGCCUUUCUUGUUAUGGGAACGAUACUGUUUUUGUUAGGUUAUUUUGCAUAACAAUUGCUUGUAUAAUUAUAUCGGUGCUGGGCGGUGUAUCUGGUGAGUCAAAUGCGGCUAUAUUGUUUCACGUUUUAGAGUAGUUUAUUUUGGUUUUGACAGUAAGGUAUUGGAUUUUUACCAACUAGAUGUACUUUAUAUCUUUCACACUUAUCUACCUGUGUUGUAAUUGUGGCCUUUUGUACAAGAGUUAUGGUUCUUUGAACAUUGGCCUGCUAUACAGUGAUAGACUUGUAGUAGUUAAGUUUCUCAUACAUCUGACUUUAGAGUGAUGUCCCUUGUUUUGAUAGCUCUUCCAUUCAAAACAUGUGCAGGAACACAACAAGUUUUCACAUUUUCUCUGUCAAACUCACCUUUUCGACAUUACUGCCAACCAUCGAGUAAGUGUAAAUCAAUAUUAGUUUUCUUUCAAUUCUAAAUGUAUGAAGUUCUGACAAUUUGUAGUUUAGUUGAUAAUAGAUGUUUUAGUCGGUAAUGCUCAAAAUACGAAAACACGUGUUCUGGACUUUCACAUUUAUUGAAGCUAUUUGAAUCGAACUACUUUCGGUAUUAUCUAGUCAUGAUUCUUGUAAUAUUUCUACGCAAUUGUUAAUCAGGUCGUUUUCUGGUUUAUAUAAUAUGACGUCCCGGUCACCUCUUCGGAGGUAUGCGCUUUGAAUAACCUUUUUCAAACAUCACACUACCGCAGUAUGAAUUUAUAUUGUUAACCAAUCAUAACAGUACUUUCUAUUCACUGAUACAGAUGAAGCGACGGUAAAAUAAGUGAUUUAUAUUUCAAACAUGUUAGCUAGGGUUUAAUUGUGUACAUGUUACUCAUCUAAGCAUGUAAACUCGACAACUCAUACGUGACGUAAGUCUGGUAGACCGCAUUAAGGUCAGGAGAAACAGUCGUGGACAUACAUUGUUACAGACAAUUUGAUUCGACAACAAUCAACAGUUUACACCAUUCCGCUAAUCCGACAUUAUUAUAUUAUAUACAGCAUUUGAUAUAGAAGUAUAUUUUACAGGGAAUGGUACAAUAAAGGAAUAAUUGUAAUUGAUGAUCUAAUCAGAGACAGAAAUACCAAUGCUUUUUACACAUUUCAAGAAUUCAAACAGAUUUAUGAUAUUAAUACAAACUUUUUGCGAUACCAGGGUCUAAUUACUGCCAUUAGAGAGUAUAUUAUACAACAAGAUAUGUCAAAUGUAGAGGUUAACUAUCCAUUUUUACCAAUUAAUAUAGAAAUGUUUUUGAAAAACAAAAAGGGGAUAAGAGAUUUUUAUAGCUUAUUUUGUAAAAAUGAUACUAUUUCAACAGGUAAAAAAAAAUGGGAUGAUAUAUUUCAAUUUGAUGAUGAAGUUUGGAAAAAAAUAUAUAUAAUGCCAUUUAGAAUUACGAAAAAUACCAAAUUACAGUGGUUCCAGUACAGAAUUAAUCAGCACAUUUUGACAACUAAUGCAUAUUUGUUUAAGGCAGGAAUAGUAGAUAGCCCUUACUGUGAACUGUGUAAACUAGAAAUAGAGACAAUAGAGCAUGUAUUAUGGGAAUGUGACAAAGUACAAAAUCUUUUACAAAAUUUUGAGUUCUUAUUAGAUGCAUUGAUUAUUCCAUUUGAUUAUAAUAAACAAACAUUUCUUUUUGGUUUUUAUAACUAUAACGGACUUAAUAAAAGU